UAAAUGCCACGUCUUAUACACAGCUACCAGAAGCAUCAGCGUAGACAGAGAUAUUAGUACUUUACCAAACACUUUGCUGGAAGGACAGAGAGUUAUCCAGCGGCCCAACAGGUACUGAUAUCUGACUCAAACCGGGAUAAUAUGGGCUGUGUACGUCUGCUGGCACUGACACUGGCCAUAUCUGCAGUACUGCUAUUAGCCUCCCAUUCAACCGUCGCUCACAGCCACUCACAUGGCGACCACGGACAUGGCCACCAUCACCACGGACACCAUCACCAUGGUCACCAUCACCACGGCCACUCCCACGGAGAAGAUGACCACCACGGACACUCUCACGGCCCUCAGGUGAAGAUGUACCAUGGAGCGAGCAAGUGGAGCGCCGAGGCCAACCUGCCUACGCCCGAAGAGGAGCACCACGGACACGCCCACGCUCAUGAUCACGGACACGCCCACGCUCAUGAUCACGGACAUGCACAUUCACAUGAUCACGGACACGCCCACGCUCAUGAUCACGGACAUGAUCACGGACAUGACCACGCUCAUCAUGAGGAUGUUGUUCGAGUGCACAAGGAGGAGAGUGGGCAUGGGCACUCGCACGGAGGGGAGAGAGUGAAGAGGGAGGCAGACGGAGAAAAGAGGGACAUGGUGGAGCUGUGGACGCAGGCUGUCGGAGCGACCCUGCUGAUCAGUGCGGCUCCUUUCCUUAUCCUGUUUCUGAUCCCAGUCCAGUCCAACAGUGACCAGCACCAGAACCUGCUCAAAGUGCUGCUCAGCUUUGCCUCAGGUGGACUGCUGGGGGACGCCUUCCUCCACCUCAUACCACACGCUCUGGAGCCCCACUCUCAUCAUGAAGAAGGAGAUCAUGGACACUCGCAUGCAAGUGAAGAGUCACAUGACCAUGGUCACUCACACGGAGCUGCCCACGGUCACAUGAUGUCAGUGGGUUUGUGGGUUCUCGGUGGGAUCAUCGCCUUCCUGGUUGUAGAAAAAUUUGUGCGUCUGCUGAAAGGGGGGCACGGCCAUGGACAUUCCCACGGCCACUCACAUGCUGCUCCCAAGGAAAAGGACAGCGAUGGAGAGGAGGAAAAUGAAAAGCAGCAGCAGCAGCAGAAGAAGAAGAAAGAGGAGAAAGGAAGCAAAGAUGAGAAGGUGCCUAAGAAAGAGGAGAAAAAGAACACAGACAUCAAGGUGUCAGGUUACCUGAACCUGGCAGCAGACUUCACACACAAUUUUACCGACGGCCUGGCAAUCGGCGCUUCGUUCCUGGUCGGUCCAGCAGUGGGCGCCGUCACCACCCUCACCAUCCUGCUGCACGAGGUCCCCCACGAGAUCGGAGACUUUGCCAUCCUUGUUCAGUCUGGCUGCACCAAAAAAAAGGCCAUGUGUCUACAGCUGCUUACAGCCUUGGGAGCUCUGGCUGGCACAGCUUGCUCCCUAUUGGCUGAAGGCGUGGGCGCCGCAGCGACCGCCUGGAUCCUGCCGUUCACAGCCGGUGGGUUUGUUUACAUCGCCACGGUGACCGUGCUCCCAGAGCUGCUGGUGGGCCGCUCCAGUUUCGGCCAGUCCCUGAUGGAGAUUCUGGCCCUGCUGUUCGGAGUUGGCAUGAUGGUGCUGAUCGCCGAGUACGAGUGAGACGCAGCAGCGAGAACAGAAACUCCGCACAGAGUGAGAAGGGAAGGGAGGGAACAGAGAGACAGAGAGGGAGAAGGUCAAAAAGGUUAAAAAAAAAAGGCGGUUUUAUGUAGAGUUCAAAUGGAUUAUUUUUGUCAGGGGUGUGUUUUCUUGUUUUUUAUUGUGCUCUAUUUUGGGACAAACACCAACCGUUGAUGGCAGACGGAUGAUUUUUGUUGUCUUGUGGUUUUUAGCAGUUCACGGUCACAUCCCUGAUUUGUGUCACCAUUUCUUUUUGAGAGAAAGAGAGUGUCUUGAAAACUGAUCAGCAGUGGAGACGGAGAUCUGGAAAGAAACAAACUGAUGGAAUCGUUUUUGAGGACUGCUGUGUUGUUCACCGAGGGCCUCCAUCGGGACGGGGGAGGAACGCUUUCUGUCCACCGGUCCCAAAAUUCACUCGCCACUUUCACUACAUGGAUCGUCUGCAGUUUGACUGCAGCUUAAACUGACAGUUACUUCCCUCCAAAAGUGGCUUAAAGUAAAUAAACUGCCCACUCAACACAAAACGUUCUGUCAUUUGACCAGUGACUGGUCCUUUAAUCUACAUUUCAGAGCUGGUCCGGUGAAACGGCAGAGAAAGCCGUGGUCUGGCUCAGCUGUUCUCACUGCUCAGUUAAACAUGUUUAAUGUCUGUUUUGUUUGAAGAUACUGAAUGUCUAUAUUUUUUACAUUCCUCAAAAUAAAAGGAAAUGUUGUGGCUUAUACAGAUGCGCUCAAAUGUUUGCUUUCAAAUCUCGUUUGUGAAAAGAAAACUUGUUUUAACUUUUGACAUUCACACACAAUCGUUUUUUUUUUUUUUCGCCGACCGAUGGAUGAUAAAAUAUGGUGAAGCCACUGACAGCUGUGAUGAACAUUCCCAAUAAAGGUUCAUAAUCUUCAAAGUGA